UUAUAAUAAUUACUAAUCUGUGCCAGUGAAGAAACUCCUACUUCUUGCACGUAACAAAAUCUGUUUUUAUUUCUGUUUACUUCGUAAAAAAUUUCAUUACAGUGAAAUAAUUAAGUGAUUGCUAUUGUUAAAAAAUAAUGUCAAUUCUUGAUUGGGAGAUGCAUCCGUAGAUUACGGUCGCCUUGGAGAAUGUUUUUCAGUGAAAGGUGUUAAAAUGUGUCGGGCGUUGUUGUUUGUGUAAUAAGUUGAGAAAUCAUCAAAACAAUGGUUCCUGCGCCGAGUUGUCCCUUAAGUUGGGAUUAUUGGACGUCCACGCCGUCGGAUUACGUAGAUUUAACGUGUUUGAUGCCAAAUUCAAUUUAUUUACCAGUAUCAGUUAGCUGGGAUGCAACUCUUCAAGAUGUUAAGGAGGAAAUAUGGGACUUGGCGGGGAAGAUGCCACUCUUUGGCAUGCUUCGAGAAAUGUCUGGUUAUGUAUUUCAAUUCAUCAACUCAUUGGCUGUUCCUGAAGAAGUUGAUGAUGAGAAUAAGCGUGUUCGGGACAUACGGCCAGUAUUUGGAGUACUCAUGAUAAUUGAGAGAUCCAUAGAUAAGCCUGGAGAGACCUUGCUUAACACUCAAAUUAGCAGAUUAAUUGGGAAAGGUUUAAAUGAAUUUGAUAGUUUAAGAAGUUCUGAAGUAAAUGACUUUCGAAUGCGAAUGAGAUGUCUAGCUGAAGAGAGUUUAAUGAAGCGUGCACAGAGCACACCCUUAGACAGAUUAAAAUACCACUGCCCACCAAGACUGGCUGACAGCCCGUCUGUACCUAUUACACUUAAUAGCCAUUUAAAUAAUAAUUGUUUUAUACUUGUCACUAAAGUUGCCAAUACAGAGAUCUCAUUUACAUCUAACGUAUCCGUAAACCUCACACCACAGCAACACGUGGAUACGAUAUUUCGUAAGAAAGCGAAUUCGCUAAAUAUGCGAGGAGAACAGCCACGAAAUUAUGUGUUAAAGGUGUGUGGGAGGGAGGAAUACCUCUUAGGAGAUUAUCCGCUCAUACAAUUCCUCUACAUACAAGACAUGCUCGCUAAGGACGGCGUACCUCAGGUCAUGACUGUCAGUAUGGAUAAAAUAACUUACUGUGAUAUGCAAUACUACGCGCUGCCGGAGAGAAGACGACUUACAUCGGAGCAAUCAAACACAAUACGAAAGAAAAAGAAUCAUGAGUCCUCGUGGAAGAUUGAACGGAACUACUCCUGUUUGAUACAGACUGUUGGUGGACUGAACGUGGAUCCAGGAAGACUUGUUGAGGUCGUAUGCCAAGCCGGUAUAUACCACGGUGGCAAGUCACUCUGUGAACCCCAAAAGACGAAAGUGGCGGUCGUUUCAAAGGAAGGCGAGGCGCAAUGGGACGAAGAAUUGCAGUUCCCUAUAAAAGUGUGUAGUGUCCCGCGAAUGGCAAGACUCUGCUUUGUUAUAUACGAAAUUUCAAAAGCUAAAAAUAAACGGAGAGGAAAAGAUACAAAGGACGCAAUAAACAGACUAGCGUGGGUAAACACAAUGGUAUUCGACUACAAGGAACAGUUGCGUACUGAGGCCGUGACGUUGUUCAUGUGGACGCACGUCGCGGACGAAACGCAGGGCGAUGACGUAUUGUUACACCCGCUUGGAACUGUACUCGCUAAUCCUAAUACUGAUUCGUGCGCUGCGCUACAAGUCAGAUUCUCAAACUAUGACUGCCAACACCCAAUCUUAUUCCCGAAGCAAGAAGCCAUAAAAUCGUAUGCAGACCAACUUGAGAACGGAGCGGAAAUGGCGCGACUGAAUGAAAACUUUGAGAAAUUACGAGUCACCGCCGAAAAGGAUCCCAUGUAUGAAAUGCACGAACAAGAAAAGAAAGAUAUUUGGGCAGCUAGAGAGUACUUCCAAACGACGGCCCCAGAGUUGCUGCCCAAGCUGCUCUCGUGCGUCGAAUGGACUGAACGGGCAGAGACUGCUCGUGUCGCGAGAAUGCUCUCAAAUUGGCCAAUGUUACGAGUCGAGUCGUCUUUGGAAUUAUUGGACUAUGCCUACGCGGAUGCGGCUGUACGGAGUUUUGCGGUCGAGUGUUUGGCUAAGAUUAGCGAUGAAGACUUAUUAUUAUAUUUAUUACAACUAGUGCAAGCAUUGAAACACGAAUCGUAUCUGAUGUGUGAUCUCGCGAGAUUUUUAUUGGAACGCGCCUUUAAGAAUAGGACCAUUGGACACUACCUCUUUUGGCAUUUAAGAUCAGAAAUGCACGUUCCGUCCGUAUGCGUUCGUUUCGGGCUCGUAUUGGAGGCGUACUGUCGCGGCUGCCAAGAUCACAUCAGCACACUGACGAGACAGAUCACAUGCCUCGAUAAACUUAAAUGGGUUAGUCAAGCGAUUCGCAAAAAGAAGGAAAUAUCAAAAGCCCGUGCGGCGCUUCACAUACAUUUGCAGGAAGAACAUUGUAUGGAGCAGUUAUGUGAUUUUGCGUCACCUUUAACUCCUAGUCUUGUUUGUAAACGGAUCAAACCCGACAGAUGUACAGUAAAGGAUAGUAAAAUGCGACCCCUGUUACUAGAGUUUGAAAACGUGGACCCGACGGGAACAGAUAUCAGGAUUAUUCUAAAAAUUGGGGAUGACCUUCGCCAGGAUAUGUUUACUCUGCAAAUGCUCAGAAUUAUGGAUAGGAUUUGGAAGAAUGCGGGGUAUGAUUUUAGAUUGAACCCGUACAAUUGUAUAUCCAUGGAGUACGCAGUUGGUAUGAUAGAAGUCGUAGAGGAAGCGGAGACCGUCGCCAACAUUCAGAAGCAGAGCGCGCUUUUCAACGCAGCCUCCACUAUAUCCAAGGCUAAUCUGUUUCAAUGGCUCCGGAAACAAAAUCAAAGUGAGAGUGCGUUGAAUAAAGCGGUUGAAGAAUUUACUAUGAGUUGUGCGGGUUACUGUGUCGCGACCUAUGUGUUGGGCAUUGCGGACAGACAUCCAGACAACAUUAUGGUUAAAAAGACUGGACAGCUAUUCCAUAUAGAUUUCGGCCACUUCCUAGGACAUUUUAAACAGAAGUAUGGGUUUAAACGCGAAAGAGUACCGUUCGUAUUAACUCACGACUUCAUUCACGUGAUUAAUAAAGGGCAGAGGGGCGGGGUUGGAGAACAGUUGGAUUUCAAGAUAUUUAAAGAGCUUUGUGAAACUGCCUUUAAAAUACUCAGGAAACACGGUCAUCUGAUACUGUCUCUGUUCUCAAUGAUGAUAUCCACUGGUCUUCCCGAACUCAGCUCCGAAAAGGAUCUUCAGUAUUUGAGAGAGACUUUGGUGAUGGAUCUAUCCGAAGAAAAGGCGAUAGAGCACUUUCGUAUGAAGUUCGUGGAGGCGCAAAAGAACUCAUGGACCACCUCCUUCAACUGGGCAUUCCACAACUUCGACAAGAACAACUGACAGUGAUCCGUGCGACGGCUGAAGAAACAGCCGUCCAAAUACACGCCACAGACUUUGUAAGAGUGCAGUGAUCAAUACAUGUUCUGAAUACCAUGAAAUAGUUUGUCAUAUUAAAACGCGUAUUUAUAACAUGUAAUGAAAUCAAAUCAACAAUUCAGCUGGACACUAAAAUUGUGUUUUUUCGUGCAUUUAAAUACAGGAAAUUAAUUAGUAUGUAAAUAUAAAUCGGUAUCGUUAUACUAAAUGAUUAAUCUGAUUUUGCAUAGAUAAACGCGUUUUAAUUCGACAUACAUUUUUGUACUUGAAUGCUUAAAUAAGAAUUGCGUAAAGAGCAAGACAAUUUAAUGUUUCAUAGAAAAUUAGUCUCAUUGAAAUAGCAGCCUUAUCAUGAUGUAUUAAGGUGCAUUACGUAACCCAAAAUAUUGGCUUAAGAUUUAUUGGACUUGUAAAUGGUAUAUUACUCAUAUUAUUAUAUCUAAUCGAUUUUAGUUUUCUGCAACCAAUUUUUUGUUACGUUAUUUAACAAUUUUUUUUUCUACUUACCAGUGUUUCCCAACAUUUUUUGUGCCAUGCCCCACCUUAGCUUUUCUAAAAUUCUUAUGACUAUAUGUAACAUAUAUCAUUUUUAAUAUCUAAUGAAUUGCUUAACUUAAAUAAUAGUUUUUAGGAGCAAAUUAUUUACGAAACAACUAGACUUUAAAAAUUAUAUUACAAGUAAUUUUUUUUUAAAUUUAUAAAUUUUCGAACAGCCCCCUUAAUUAGCAAACUGCCCCCUUGUGGGGCGUGGACCUCCCGUCGAGAAACAUUGCUAUAUACACUUUAUAUUGUUUUAGUAAAUCCGAAAAUAAUUUAAACUAUACAAUCGCAUAGUAAUAAUAAAGAAAGACGAGCAUUCGUUCUCGAGUAAACUAUACCACCUCACGUUUAUUUGUUAUUCGUCCGUACCCCACUCCAAGAAUAUUAUAAAUUGAAAUAGGUUUUAAAACAUCACGCGAUAUAACAUUAGUGACCAAAAUUAGUAUUAUAUUAUGUCCAUGAAGUAUAUUACGAGAAAAGAUUUUUUAAACUUCAUAUGAAUUUGUACGGACGAAAUGUAUUGCUUAAAUAUUCCUUAGCUUGGUGACGUUUAAAAUAUUUGUAGAUACAAGAAACUAAAAACUGGUUGCAGAAAUUAAUAUAGAAGAAAUUAAAACUGGUUAUUAAAUAUAUGUAGGGUUAUAUUGCCUACAUGUUAAUAUCUUAGCUUUACGCGUGCCAAAUAAAACUUUUUUGACGGAUACGUGAAUUUAUUAGAAGAUCGAUAAAGAUAAUAAAAGCACUCGUAACGAUUUAUAUAAAAAUUCUCCGUUAAAAAUGUUUUAUUUAAAAAUAAACAUUGUAAAUUGAUAAUGGAAUUACUGAUAUUAGAAAUUAUUAAGUGGUACAAAAUAGUGUUCCGUUUAAGCUAAAUAAAAAACACAUCGUGAAUUAUCAGUACAAAUUUCGACUUAAGACCGAAAAAGAAAAUUUAGGAGCAUAUAUC